GGUACUGUCAGCUAGCAAAGUAUUGACGCCUCCUGUCUCCAAGAAGAUGAUGAAAAACCUUGCUUUAUGAAUGGCCAGUGCGCAUACUGUGAUUGGGACCCACAGAUGGAGCAAUUAUCAGAUGAAGAACUUGACCAUGGUGCGGAAGAAGAUAGUGAUAAGGAAGAUCAGGAUCUGGACAAGAUGUUUGGGGCCUGGCUGGGGGAACUGGACAAACUCACACAGAGUUUGGAUACAGACAAGCCUAUGGCACCAGUGAAGAGAUCACCUCUCCAUCAGGAAACCAAUCUUGCCAACUUCUCGUAUCGCUUCUCCAUGUACAAUUUGAAUGAAGCCCUGAAUCAGGGGGAGACUGUGGAUCUAGAUGCCCUCAUGGCUGACCUUUGUUCCAUAGAGCAGGAGCUCAGCAGCAUUGGGUCUCAUUCAGCAAACAAUGCUGCAGUGAAACGCCUUGCCACAGAUUCCAAAGCUCAGAAACCACCUGCUGGCCGACCUCCUACUAAGCACAGCAGCAUGAAAGGAUUAUCCUCCUCAUCUGGUAAGGUGACAAAACCAUCACAUGCCAACGUAUCUUUGGAUGACAUCACUGCACAGUUAGAGAAGGCCUCUUUGAGCAUGGAUGAGGCAGCCCAACAGUCUGUUGCAGAAGACGCCAAACCAGUAGUUACUGCUCAGCACAGGAGGACAGCAUCUGCUGGCACAGUGAGUGAUGCUGAGGUGCGCUCAAUUAGUAACUCCUCCCGUUCCAGCAUAACCUCUGCAGCUUCCAGCAUGGACUCCUUGGAUAUCGAUAAGGUGACAAGACCUCAGGAACUGGACUUGACAUCACAAGGGCAACCAAUCACUGAGCACUCCUAUUUGGACAGGGAAACCUCCCUCCUUCUGAGAAACAUUGCAGGAAAGCCUUCUCAUUUGCUGACCAAGGAAGAACAGGCUGCUAAACUCAAAGCUGAGAAGAUCAGGGUUGCAUUAGAGAAGAUUAAAGAGGCACAAGUGAAAAAGUUGGUGAUCAGAGUCCACAUGUCUGAUGACAGCUCAAAAACAAUGAUGGUGGAUGAGAGACAGACAGUGAGACAAGUAUUAGACAAUCUGAUGGACAAAUCACAUUGCGGUUACAGUUUAGAUUGGUCAUUGGUGGAAACCAUCUCUGAAUUGCAAAUGGAAAGGAUCUUUGAAGAUCAUGAAAAUUUAGUUGAAAAUCUUCUGAACUGGACAAGAGAUAGUCAAAACAAACUAAUGUUUGUGGAACGUAUAGAGAAAUACGCACUUUUCAAGAAUCCCCAGAACUAUCUUCUGGGGAAGAAAGAAACCUCUGAGAUGGCAGACAGAAAUAAAGAGGUGCUGCUAGAGGAAUGUUUCUGUGGAAGUUCUGUAACUGUGCCAGAGAUUGAGGGAGUUUUGUGGCUGAAAGAGGAUGGUAAGAAAUCUUGGAAGAAACGUUACUUUCUUCUUCGAGCUUCUGGAAUCUACUAUGUCCCUAAAGGGAAGGCAAAGGUCUCGCGAGAUCUUGUGUGCUUUCUACAGCUAGAUCAUGUCAAUGUUUACUACGGACAGGAUUAUCGGAACAAAUACAAAGCACCCACAGACUAUUGUUUAGUCCUAAAGCAUCCUCAGAUCCAGAAGAAAUCCCAGUAUAUCAAGUAUCUUUGCUGUGAUGAUGUAAGGACUCUACACCAAUGGAUCAACGGCAUCCGCAUUGCUAAGUAUGGGAAGCAACUCUACAUGAACUAUCAGGAAGCACUGAAGAGAACAGAAUCGGCGUAUGACUGGACUUCCUUGUCUAGCUCCAGUAUCAAGUCAGGCUCCAGCUCAUCUAGUUUGCCAGAAUCUCAAUCAAAUCAUUCUAAUCAGUCUGACAGUGGAGUUUCUGACACCCAGCCAGCUGGACAUGUCCGUUCCCAAAGUAUUGUCAGCUCCAUGUUCUCCGAGGCCUGGAAACGAGGCACUCAACUGGAGGAAUCCAGCAAGGUGUCAAAAGUGAAGCUCAGCACAGCUAAGGUCAGCACACCCGUGGUGCCUUAUACAGGGCACAAUUAAGGCCCGAAUGGAGCCUGCAGGUCGGCCCUUCGUGUCUGUCGUACCUCCUGUGUCCCCACAGACAAAAGUGGCGACCCCCUAUACAGCAUCGCAGCCGUCCC